AUGUUGGUGGUCCGCACUGGGAACAUCAAACUUCGCCAAGAAAGAUUGGUCUUGGGGGUCACGCGGGCCACGCAAUGCAAGCUUAGGAAGGUCGCGCAAAACGACGUUUUCCGACUUUCCGCUUGCUCGCCUCUUUGCUCAGUCCUGGAUCGUAGUGCGGAAGCUAUAGCGAACGAGAUACCUAAGGAACUGAUUUGCGACUAUUGGUCAUUUGACUCCUCGGAGGCACCUGUUUUGCGACCUCGAUACACUAUUCAUCUUACCGAUAAUCACGACUGGAAGAUCUACAACAAUCCUCCAGACGACCAAAAACUUUUCAAGGAGAUGGUACCGUUCGUAGCCUUUGUUAACGACUCCCAGACUCUUCGUAUCGGGACCCAGCUAUACGCUCGACGAGGAGAGAACUCGCUUGAUGCUAUCCAAGGUGAAAAAGCGACCGCAUACGUAGAAGAAAUCGCUAGGCGCGACGACAUCGUCAUUCUCGCAUCUCGAUUUAGGCUGAACAAUCGCAUCUUAGAACCAUUCCAGGACGCGGAGACGAUAGCGGAUACCGAGGAUUAUUCUGAAGAUGAAUCUUUACGGAUCCAGAGGACGACUAUGAAUCAUGGAGCGAAACUUCGUCUGUUCACUCUGGCUCAGAUGAAGAACAAGAUUGGCACUCUAGCUCCGACUCCGACAGUGACGAAUCGGCCGAUGGAGCUUAUUCUCUUCAUGAAGCCAACAACUCUGAAUCAAACGAUGAGACAGAAGCUAUAG